AUGAAUAAAGUGUUGGCAAUCCGGCUACGGACCGUGGUGUCUGUGUACAUGGCCAACCUGGCAGCCUGUGAUCUCUUCUUCACCCUGGCCCUGCCUCUACGCCUCUACUACUAUGCCAACCAUCUGUGGGACCUGGGCAACGUCCCCUGCCAACUUGCCGGGUCCCUCUUCCAGCUCAACAUGUAUGGGAGCUGCCUGUUCCUGGCAGCCAUCAGUGUUGACCGCUUCCUGGCCCUGGCUCAUCCCCUCAGCUCCAGGGCCUUCCGAUGCCCACGGGUGGCAUGGACAGUGUGCGGGGCAGUCUGGGCCCUCAUCGUCCUGGGCUCGGUUCCAGUGGCUCUGGCCCACGACACUAGCCGCUGCCUGCUGGAAGACACAAACGGCAGUCGGGUUGAGGAGAUCCGCUGCUUCGAGAGCUUCUCCGGCAAGGACUGGAAGUGGCAACUCUUGCCUCUGGUGGGGCUGGCCGAGACUCUGGGCUUCCUGCUGCCUCUGUCCACCGUGCUGGUCUGUUCGGUCAAGAUCUUGGCGGCUUUGGCCAGGGAGGACGGCCGGGCCCAGAGGUCUGGGGGCAGGAGGAGAAGGAGGAAGACCAUCUUCCUCCUGAUGGCCAACGCACUGAUUUUCGUGGCCUGCUUUGCCCCGUACAAUGUGGCGCUCGGACUCUACGCCUUGUCCCGCUCGGACGUGGCUCCUCUCAGCGCGAGUUCGCAGAAGCAGCUACGCCUGGCGCUCCAGCUGACCAUACUCCUCUCCGGGACAAACUGUUGCCUGGACCCCCUGGUCUACUACUUCAGCACCGAGGGGUUCAGAACCACACUGAGAGGCGGCACCUCCGCAUGGAGCCGGGGCAAGUCCGAGCCGCUGAAGGGGAAGGGGGAGAGGGGACGGAAGCAGUGGCGAGGGGGGAGGGCGAGGUGCGGAGAGGAGACGAGAGAAGUGGCCCGCAUGGAACUUGCACAACUAACCGAUAAUGGGCGCGUGUCACCGCUCGCUGGAGUUUAGAAAGAUCAAGGUUCCCCUCAUUGAAACUUCACCUAACAGUGAAAGGAUGUGGACAGGAUGUUUCCACUAGUGGGAGAGUCCAGAGGGCACAGCCUCAGAAUUAAAGGACGUAGAAACAUAGACAAUUUGUGCCAUUCGGCCCUUCGAGUCUGCACCAUUCGCCAUUCAAUAUGAUCAUAGCUGAUCAUCCAACUCAGUAUCCCGUACCUGCCUUCUCUCCAUACCCCCUGAUCCCUUUAGCCACAAGGGCCACAUCUAACUCCCUCUUAAAUAUAGCCAAUGAACUGUGUGGCCUCAACUACCUUCUGUGGCAGAGAAUUCCAGAGGGCACAGCCUCAGAAUUAAAGGACGUAGAAACAUAGACAAUUUCUGCAGGAGUAGAGGCCAUUCGGCCCUUCGAGGCUGCACCAUUCGCCAUUCAAUAUGAUCAUGGCUGCCGGAGGAGGUAGUUGAGUCUGGGACUAUCCCAACGUUUAAGAAACAGACAGGUACAUGGAUAGGUUACACAAAAAUGCUGGAGAAACUCAGCGGGUGCAGCAGCAUCUAUGGAGCGAAGGAAAUAGGCAACGUUUCAGGCCGAAACCCUUCAUGGAUAGGACAGGUUUGGAGGGAUAUGGACCAAGCGCAGGCAGGUGGGACUAGUGUAGUUGGGGCAUGUUGGGCGGUGUUGGGCUGAAGAGCCUGUUUCCACACUAUUAAUCUAUGACUCUUGUCUGAUGGGAGAGGGGAGAAGAGGGAGUGACAGAAACAUAGAAAAUAGGUGCAGGGGUAGAGGCCAUUCGGCCCUUCGAGCCUGCACCAUUCGCCAUUCAAUAUGAUCAUGGCUGAUCACCCAACUCAGUAUCCUGUACCUGCCUUCUCUCCAUACCCCCUGAUCCCUUUAGCCACAUCUAACUCCCUCUUAAAUAUAGCCAAUGAACUGGCCUCAACUAUUCCACACUAUUAAUCUAUGACUCUUGUCUAAUGCAUUUCGUUGUCUCUGUACUGUACACUGACAAU